AUUAUUUCAUUUUAAAUUUAAUUCGCCAAUAACGCAGACGCUUGAAUAUAAAAUAAAUAUUUAAAUGAUGGGACUCGUACGACAUAUUCAAUUACUUUUACUUUUUAUUAAUUCCCUAAUUUAUACUACAUAUAGUACAACUGUUCACGAAGAGGUCCAUAUGGAUUUGCAACCCUUCGUUAAAGUCGGCAGCAAAUAUUAUUUAGUGCAUACUGAUUUGGAGCUGGAUUGGGCUGGAGCUGCUCAUUUGUGUCGUUCUUACGAUAGUGACUUGCUUACGAUUGAAUCGAAAGCUGAAAAGGAUGCUUUAUCGGCACAUUUAAAGAAGACGUUUAGCUACAUUCGUGCUUGGACAAGUAGCAACGAUUUUUCGGUGGAGGGCGAAUACAUGUCGUUUAAUACUGGACGACCAAUGAUUUAUAAAUACUGGCGGCCUAACGAACCGAAUAACGAGGGGGAAAAUGAGCACUGUAUAGAAGUCGUGCAAGACCAUGAUAGUUUUGCCAUGAACGAUAAUGUAUGUGCCAAAAAAAUGCGUGUUAUAUGUGAGAAGCGUUUACCCUCAAAUAUUCGUAAUUCUGACACAAACGAUAAAUCGAAAUGUGAACAAGUCACUACGAAUUGUGUUGUAAAAAAACUAGUGGACGGUUAUCUACAAGCUACAAAUACUUUCCACUGCAAGUCAACAAAUUAAUAUUAGCUUCAAUAGACUAUAUUGGAGAACUGUGUAAUACCAUACAUAUAAUUUGAUCUUUUUGAAAACUUUCAUGAAUUUCCAAAUAAUAAAAAAGUUCUAAAUUCAACGAAA